GUAGUGUAGGGAAGUCAAGGUAACCUAUUCAAACCUUUCAGAGGAGCUCACUCUACUGACUCAACUGACUGUUUGUAACUGGUUGUGUAUCCGAACUUUCAGACUUGAUAACUGGAUAAUUUCAACCCCUAAACAAUGGCUGAGAACGAGCGCACACCAUCUCCAAGUUCAAGCACCGCAGAGGACAGCGACAGCAGAGACUCCGAUAUUGAGCAGUUAGACAGCCAGGAACAAAAAGUGUCCCAGAUUGUGAUGCCAAACCCAGAGUUCCCAAGUGAAAUCCAGCAGGCCGUGGCCCAUGUCUUAAAAGGUUACGAUUGGACCCUAGUUCCUAUGUCCACGCGUGCCGGGGCAUCUGAGAAGAGGAAACCACACAUAAAGCGACCCAUGAACGCCUUCAUGGUGUGGGCUCAGGCUGCUAGAAAGAAACUGGCAGAUCAGUACCCACAUCUUCAUAAUGCAGAGCUCAGCAAAACCCUGGGGAAGCUAUGGAGAAUGUUAGGUGAAGGGGAGAAGCGGCCGUUUAUGGACGAAGCAGAGCGUCUGCGACAGAAACACAAAAACGACCACCCUGAAUACAAGUACCAGCCUCGGCGCAGGAAAAACAUCAAGAGCGUUUCUGGCGAGACGAGCACACAGCAGUCCAAAGCAGCUUUCCUGCGAUCAAUAAGUGAGCCAGCUCGGUCCCCCGGCUGCAGUGACGACGACUCCUGUAUGAUGUCUGCUAAUAGCUCGCGAAACUUGCCAAACCACCAGAGCCUGACCCCACCCACCACUCCACAAGCCUUGAUGACCAAGCCACUCAGACAUUUCUCAGGUCCAGGAGGCCAACCUAUAGACUUCAGUCGGGUGGACAUUGGCGAACUCAGAGAAGAUGUCAUUGGGAAUAUAGAGCACUUUGACGAGACAGAACUGGAUCAGUAUUUACCUCCAAACAGACAGCUGAAUGGCCGCCAUCUUGUUGGUCAGCCUCAAAUGAUAAACGGCGUCUCGGCCCACAACCCACCGGCAACUUACAGCGGAGGUCCUGGAUCGUCUGCUGCGGGAACUGGAUGAACACAUGCCGCGUCCCAAAUUCCAUGAAUCUCUCGCCUUUUCAACCAGUCUCCGUAAAUACAGAAAUUCAGGGAGAGAGUGUUGGUAUCCAUGGAAACAUUCCGAACUCUGUUGGUAACCAUGGCAACAUGACCGGAAACACCUUCACCCAGGCUGUCAGUGGUGACAAUGUUCAUAUCAAAGCAGAAAAUUCCCCGCCCCGUCGCCCGCAGUUCCCAGGAGAAGGAUACGAAAUGCAAAACUAUGAACUCCAGAACAGUCCAGGCGGUACACCCGUAGGGAGCUCAUCACCGAACUAUUACUCCCCUUCGGAAAGCCCAUCGACUGCAGCCACUGCAGCCCCGCCCUCUCUCUACUACAUGACGUAUCCUGUCCAAAGACCACCUUUCUCUCCAUACAUGGCCACGUUAAGCGGUUGACUCUUUUCCGAGCGACAUUUUCGACUCAAAAUAUGUGCAAGGUGACAAAAUAAAGGUGCAUAGGGAAGCAGCGACAACUGUCCCUUUGCCGUGCCCAGCUCUCCGUGAUCUCAGGACCCAAGUCGGCGACAAUAUUCAAGCAUCAGGUUUCCAAGGUUGAAUGCCAGACUGUUAUUAUCAGGACAGACUUGCGAAUGCUGGGUUGUUUUAUCAACCAAUGGCAAUAAUUCCCAAUUUUUAUCAUUCCCAAUUUGUUUCGUUUAACUUGUUGUGUUAAAUAUAUAUUAUCAUAUUUAAACCACGUGUUUAUAUGUAAAUAUCAGUGCGCGUACUCUGUAGUUGUUUACGUCAUACGUAAGCGUUUAAAUAAUAUAUAUAUAUAUGCAUAUAAAUAUAUAUAUACAUGCGUGUUAUGACUUUAUUUAAAAGU